AUGCGGCUCAUCCACCUUUCUACUGUUCUUUCACGAUCCUCUACAGGUCUCCUGUCACACAUACAGGACAUCUCCCUUCGACAUGCUGGCCAAGGACACACCCUGCUUUUCGCGCUUUCCGCCAACUUUCCUCUUGCAGAGGACCUGCAGGAGGUCGUCAGUCGCCUCACCAAGUUCAACGACGUCGCUAGUGGAGACACAGGAAGAGGGCAUACGAUAGGGUGUCUCACCGAUUCAUAUGUCAACUGCGAAUUCCCGUUCUUCAGGCAGUCGAAAGAUGCCCUAUCUUGCGCAAUUGCCAUCCUGGACUCUACGUAUUCCGUGCCAUUUUACUCGAAUUUACGGGGUCGGGUUCAGCCUCAAGUGGGCCGUUGGCAUUCAUUUCGGAAGACCGAUGAAGACGCGAUUAGGACAACGGAGGGCAUGGAGACAUCUUCGGAGACAAAUUGGGAGGAGGUUUGGAGUCGAUCUACGGCUUCUCGAGGAGAAUGGAGAGAAAAACUUCCCCAUGUUCUACGUUCAGUGGCCCCUGAUAUUCAAACUCUUUUGCAUUUCUCAAACCCUCAUCCUGAUGAUUUCACACAAACCCUGACACACAACCUUCCCCGUUCUACUACUCUCGGUCUCAUCGCUGCUCCAACCAACUUUAUCACCGGCAGGGAUGUGACCUUAUUCUUCGACGGCAAGAUCUACAGCGAGGGUUCAGUGGGAGUUGCUCUGCUGAAAGACCAAAAGACUCGAACGAAGACGGACUUCUUAGGUGUAAAACGGCUGUCAGGACCCAUGACGGUGACGAGUAUGGAAGGCAACAUGGUCAACGCCUUAAACUCCUCAAAUCCGACCCAACUGCUACUUCGCGGCAUUGAAGUGGCUGGGCUCUCUCCUUCUAUAUCGACCACCUUCAAAGAAGAUGAACAAUUUGCCCUUGGUGUCGUAGGACCCUCCGGCGAGAUAUCUCACACCUACAAAAUCACCGCUGGAGACCCGAAGAGCCGAGGAGGCAGCAUCUCGCUGGACGCGUUCCGUGCACCAGCAGUUGGUACGGUUGUGCAGUUCCUCCAUCGCUCCUCGAACAAACCCAUGCAACUACCGAACGCCCUGGCCGAGAGCAAAGCACAGACGCUCUCCUUUGUGACGACCCCUGAGCCAUCGCCCUCCGGCCCAAGCUCCCCUUCACCAGAGGACCCAGAUACGACUGUAGUGAUUCCGCAGACCUUCCUGGCGCCGUCGCACCGAGGUUUCGUUUUAUCACGUCCCACAGGCUCGGCUGAUGCACUGGUAAUGCCUGAAGAUACGACGGAGCCUGUUGACGUGCGGAAAGAGGGCCCCAUCCCAGAGGCGUGGUCGUGUUCCCUUCCUGGUGGGAUGGCAUCGAUCGAAUAUUGGUGA